AUGGGCUACAAAAGUCACGGCCCUCAAUGGGCUACAAAAGUCACAGCCCUAAAUGGGCUACAAAAGUCGCAGAUUUGGGGAGAUUGGGACGGGACAGAGGGGGAAGGGACAGAAAUGAUUGGUUUCUUAUGCAUGUUUGGGGCGACAGUAAAGUCAUCUUCAAAUUCGGAAAAGGGAGGCGAGUGGUUUGGGGAGUCCGGUUCAGAAUCAGAAGAGAAAGACUCAACAAUCACUGAAUUGGGCUUAGGUGAACCUGGCUCUAAUGAGUCAGGCACAUUGUCUGGUCCCGCUUCAAGGAAAGAGGAGGGCCCAGGGAUUUGGGCCGGGGAAGGAACCAGACCUAAUAAGGAGGGGUUGGGUGGAGCCUUGUCAAUAGAAGGUCUCAAGUCCGAAGGAGUCGGUUCCGGGGCAAGAGAUGGGCUAGCGGAGCUCGGAAGAGCAGAACAAGGGAGAGAAAUAUGA